AACAACGCUCCGGACGUUUGACAGAUCGACUUCAGUAGAAAUAAUCCGCCCGAUUGGCGUCUUUGGUGUGAAAAAGUUGGAAACCGGAAAUUUCCAGCAAUAAUUCGCUGAAAGAGUGCAUUUGGAGUUGGUUGCCGUGUGAAAGCUAGUUUCAUUUUCUUGCUCCACACACAGCUAUCGCUCCUGUGUACGUACGUGCGUGCACACAGUCCACACGCGUGGGUACGCGCGACGGUGAAGGAAGUUGGUGCGGAAAAUAUAUCGAAUCGAAAAGAAGUGACCAACGUCUGGGAAGCGCGGAUACGGAACUACUCGGAGGUGCAACACCGUCAGCGCGUCACUCUGUUGGCGCUAGUACCGAUAUAGAAGGCUUUACCAAACCGUGACACAGCAAGGAGGCCGUGCAUAGUUAACCGCGGCGGCAGACGGUCGAACAAAAAACAUUGUUCACCCCAUCCAUCCAUCCAUCGCAUCGGUGUGUGGUGGUGAGCACACAGCACCGAAGGCAGAUCAACGGUGGGUAGCCGUAGUAAAAGGCGGUUAGUCAUUUUCCCGUUGACACCCCGGAACCCCAAACAGCCUCAAAAUUGAGGAAAUCGAGGAAAUCGUGGAGACCGAGGUUAUCCUCUCUCCGGAUGAGAUGCACCAUGAGGAAUUCGAAAUCACGAUGGUACCCAUGGAAUCGACAACUGUGCUGACGUCCUCCGGCGGAACGGGCAACCUGAAGCGAGAUGUGCGGGACAUGGUGCGAGAGGCCAACUUUCAGACUAAGCUGCUGAUGCAGGAAAACGAAGCCCAAGACUACCACUUCCAGCAUGCCUCGAGCGCGGACGAUACGGAGGGAUCGGACCAGGAGCACACGAUGGGUGACUUAACGUACAAGAGCGAAGUGGACGGAAACGAUACAAUGAAUUCCAGCAACCAAAGCUCAAGCAGAAAGCGACGCGGCAAUCUUCCAAAGCAGUCGGUAAAAAUACUGAAACGAUGGCUGUACGAACAUCGCUUCAAUGCGUAUCCGACCGACGCGGAGAAGCUAACACUGUCGCAGGAAGCCAAUCUGACCGUGUUACAGGUGUGCAAUUGGUUCAUUAACGCUCGGAGGCGUAUACUGCCGGAAAUGAUCCGUCGCGAUGGGCACGAUCCAAUGCACUACACCAUAUCGCGGCGGGGCAAGAAGAUGAGCGGCCAGCUGGUGGGGCACGAUGGGCAGAAUCCGCUCACGAUGAGCCCCGCAUCGGAGGUGAUUGUCGGUGCGACGGAGGAGAUCAUCGAGGAGGAAGAGGUGAUCGAGGAUGGUGUGCCGCAGAUUAUCACCAGCCACGGGCAGCAGUACGUGCAGACACCGUCCGGAUUGGUGAAGGUCGAGGAGGAUGUAGACUUUGAAGAUCACAUCAUCUAUCGUUCGGACGACAGUAACAUCGAGUAUGAGUACGCGCAAAGCGAAGAAGAGAUGCCAGUCACAGAGCAGGAGGGCGAUUGGGAUGGCAUGAUUCGUUACGCAAAUGAGAAGGAUGAUGAAAUUCCAGAAGAAAUUACGGAAGAGGAGGUGAUUGCAUCGGACAGUGGAGAGAAUGAUUUUUUUACCACGACGUCACACACUAAUCUCGCCAAUAUACCCCUACAGCAGACUACGACGCAUGUUACAGCUCGCCCAACUGUAACGACGACUGCUGCUAAAAUAAUUACAACUACACCAGUACCAGGAGGCAUGCAGCGAGUGAUUAUUGGGCAAUCGAAUGCCGGCACGCUCGGGAAUGUUAUCAGCACGACGCAGGGAGGCACCACCACGCUUGGUACGCUGAAGCUGGGCGGCAAUCUGACGGCCGUCCCAUUGCAAGCGGCCCUGAAGGCCGGCCCCAAGAAGCUGACCGUGGUGACGAGCUCCGGCAAAACGGCCACCGUAACCGCGACCCCGUUGAGCGAAUCGAACGCCAAAACGAUAACGGCCACACUGUUGCCGAGCGGAAACAAUGCGAACAACAACAACAACAACAACAACUCCCAGAACACUAAUCCGCACACGACGACGACGGCGGUGAAGGUAAAAGGUGUGAUCCGGGACGAUAAGGAUCAGUUCAAGUGUUUAUACCUGCUAGUGGAGACUGCCGUUGCCGUGCGCCAGCGGGAAAAGGAACAGGACGAUGUGCACGUGCUGGGCAACUAGAGCUUCGUAUGAGAAGAAGAAAGAAAACCAUACGAAAGCCCCCCCCCCCCCCCUCCCGCAAGCAUUUUGUGGUUUCUCCGUCAAAUCAUGGAUGAGGGAGUGGAGUAGUGUGGUAAUUGGUUGGGUGUAAACUAUUAUAUUAUUAUAUCUCCCUGAGACUCGCGGCGACCAAAACCCCGGGAAUUUGGUGUUUUUUUUUUACAAACGGUGGAGCUGGGUGGGAUGUUGGUUGUACAUAUUGAACCUCCCUCGGUGCGUCGUCGUGAUUUGGAAGAGCGGUUCAAGCAAGCAUUCAUUUUAGUUCAGUAUCACCUAAGUGAAGAACACACGCGUAUAUGUGUGUGUGUGUGUUAAGGCAAGGCAAGAGGGUCAGAUAAUCGAUAGAGAGAGAGAGAGAAUGUGCUUUAGUUUAUAGAAAGAGAGAGAGAGAGAGAGAGCAUACACACUCGAGAACGACGUACCUUUGUUGAGCGGCGUUUGGUCAAAGUCAGUAGUAGUUCCUUCCAAAGAAGGAAGUGGUCGUUAAUAUUAUGUUAAGAUAUGUGUUUUUUUAAUAUGAUAGACCAUGAUUUACACAUUCACUUGAACACAUACAAACACUUUAUCGAGUGUAGGACGACCGAUAUAUGCAACAUUGUUCAUCAUCAAAAAAGGAGAAAACGCGAUCAAACGGGGAGUGCUCGAGGACAAAGGAAGCUUCUUAAAAACACACACACACACAAUCUGCACAUAUAUAAUUUACAUUUGCCCGUUAGAAGGAAACAGACUUUAUCUGCAAAAGGAAGACAGUAGAAGACAGCUUUCAUUCGACGGAUUUCCAUUCCAACACGCAGCAGACAGACAGAGGGAGGUAAUUCUAUUUUUGAACUAUAUUUUAUGAGCAAAAUUUGGCCAUCAAGCUGCUGCGAGUCACUAAAUUCGUAGGAGCUGACGGAAAUCCGUUGAUUGAAAGCCGAUACUACACACACACCCCACGGUCGUCUCUCGGUCAGUAAAACAGGGGAAUAAAGAUGUUGGAAACCAU